CCAUGUCGAACGGCGAUGGUGCCGGAGCCGCGCUGGGACACGCUGCACCUGAACCCAGUCAUUCACACGUUCAAUUAUUUUAAGAUGGGCUCUCAAGUUGCAACGCUACCAGAGUACUUGGUGAUGGCCUAUGUUGAUGGCGUUCAGAUUCUGCAGUUUGACAGCUACCACAGGGAAACGAAAGCAAUACAUGACUGGGUGAACAAAAUCACAGAAGAUGAUCCGCACUUCUGGAAGAGAGAGACGGAGUUCAAUAUUGGGAAUGAGCAGGUCAUGAAAGUCAACAUUGAAACCGCUAAAAAGCGCUUCAACCAAACUGGAGGUGUUCACAUGAUUCAGGUGAUGAGAGGCUGUGAAUGGGAUGAUGAGACGGGUGAGGUUGAUGGUUGGCAGCACAUCCGUUACAACGGAGAAGACUUCCUAUCAUUUGAGGCGAAGACGAUGACAUGGAUUGCAGCAAAUCCACAAGCUUUCAUCACCAAAUUGAAAUUGGACCAAAUAGACGUGUUGAAUGAAGCCAGGAAGAAUAUACUCAUUGAGGAGUGUCCUUUUGAGUUGAAGAAACAUGUGAGCAACGGGAGGGACUACCUGACGAGAACCGAGCUUCCCAAGGUGUUUCUCCUGCAGAAGACGCCUUCCUCUCCGGUCACCUGCCACGCCACGGGUUUCUACCCCAAAACAUCAUUCCUCUUUUGGAGGAAGAACAGCGAGGAGAUCCACAAGGACGUUGAGAUGGGGGAGACCCUCCCCAAUCACGAUGGAACCUUCCAGACCUCGGUCCACCUGAAAGUGGAGGUGACGCCCGCCGCGGAGCAGGAGUACGAAUGCGUGUUCCGGCUAGCCGGCGUCUCAGAUGACAUCGUCAUCAAGCUGGACGCCGGAAGCAUCCUGAGCAACCAGGAGCAAGACUGGAAGAAUGCGGUGGCCAUCGCCAUCCCGUUGGUGGUCCUCGCUCUGGUGGCGGUGGUGGCGGCGGCGAUGGUCCUUGCCAAGCGUCUCAAAUCCAAACAAGCCGAAAGGAAAAGAAGAAGAAGAAGAAGGACAAUUAACUGUUUCCACCUACUGUGAGUCAUGAGAGGCAGUUGCCGUCACCUGGUGUUGGAAUUCUUUCAGAGGACUUUCUCAUUGCGCCGCACUGCAUCGAUAGACAUUCUCAUGAAGGUUCGUGAGUAGGUCCUGCAGGAUCUGGUGAGGCGUUUUGACCGAACCGUGCUGCUGAUCACCAACAACCUGAAGACUAUCGAGGCCGAUCAGAUUGCGGUGAUAGGCGUGGGCGGCGUUCGGGAGCGAGGAACCCACCGCUAGCUGAUGGAAAAGAAUGGCAUGUAGUCUCAACUGAAAGAGAAGUUCGCCAUCGCUGGAAGCUAACGCCUUCAGAAGCACUGACAUGCAUUUACAACCUGGAUUUAUCCAUGAAGUUUUUUUCUUAAAAAAAUGAAUUCACGUGUACUCAAUGUAUCACAGACUCAAAAGAAAAUGUCAUUAAUUUCCAGUUUGUAGUAAAGGGAAAUGUACUUUCGGCAGUUUGCAAACACAUUUGAUUAAGGCUGCGUUAGACACAUGUAAAGUCAAAGUCAAAGUCUGCUUUAUUGUCAAUCCCUUCAUAUGUCAAGACACACAAAGAAACCGAAAUUCCGUUUCCUCGAUCCCACGGUGAUGAGACAUAGUACACGAUAGACAUACAAGUAGACGACACAAAAUAAAAACAAGAAGGCACAAAUAAUAAAUAAAUAAUAUGAGUGAUGAAUAAAUAAUAAACAAAUAACCCAAUAAAUAAGAGGAGCAAAA